UUUCUGCAUCUUAAGUUCCUCAGCUGUAAACAGACUUCUAUUGUCCACAGACGCAACCACAUCUACUGCAACUCAUCUAACUCAAAGCCAUGCAGCAACAGCAGGUCGGCCGCAACAUCUCGUCCAACAUCUCGUCCAACAUCUCGUCCAACAUUUCGCUCCCUUCCUCACCAGAAACCUUGGCGACCAGUAGUGUGCUGGGGCUGUGCUUUGCACUGGGAGUCCCUGGAAACAUCUUAGUGCUGGUGCUUCUUUCUAGAUGGCUGAAGACAGGAGGAAGCUUCACCCCAAGGCUGUUGAUGAGCCUGGGCGUGUCAGACCUAAUGACCCUGCUCCUGCUGCCGGUGUGGAUCUACUCUCUUCUUCACGACUGGGUCUUUGGCUUGGCCUUGUGUAAGAUCUUGUCCUACGUGGUCUACUGGAGCCUCUUAAGCAGCGUGCUGUGUGUGACGAUACUGAGUGUACAGAGGUACGUGCAAGUGCUGCAUCCUCAGAAAUGGGCGAACCUCAGAGCUCGAGGACAUGGAAUUGUGGGUGGGAUUUGGAUCCUGAGUGGACUGCUAAGUUGCUAUUCUCUCGUCCAGCGUCGCGUAACCACGGGGAAGGAUGGACGUCUGCACUGCAGGGCGUACUUUCAGAAUUACUCAGAGAGAGUGACCACUCUGGUCUGGGAGACCUCAGUGCUGUUCGCGUUGCCGUUCCCUGUUCUGGUUUAUUUCUACGUCCGUCUUCACCGGGGCGUCAGUCAAUCAGCUUUCAUCACCACACACAGGAUGACCAGACUGGUGAUCAGAAUUGUGCUGACUUUCUUCUUUUUCUGGGUCCCGCAUCACAUCAACAACAUUACGCUGAUCGUUGCAGUGUUAAUCGGACAUGAGCAGCUUUUGAAGUUCGCCGAAGCUGGAAGUAAUGUUACCGGAGCUCUGACUUUCAUCAACAGCUGUGUAAAUCCAUUUGUAUAUGCCUUCUCAGCUCGGGCUCUAAGGCAGCCGAGACCCGGAACAGACAGUGCUUAGGUCUUUCACGGAAUUGAUGUUUCUCAAGCAGUGAUUUCUUUCUUUUAAAAUGACCAAAGAAUCCAUUUAUUGAGUUUUAUAUGUUUUUGUUUGAUGUUUAAAUAGUCA